CGGUCUCUCCUUCACCGUAGCUUUAGACAAAUCUUAUAACACCCUAAAUUUUCUCUCUCCUAUUUUCAAACUACUUUACAGCCGUCCGAUCUGACGCUGUUUCUCUCUCUUGAUCUCCAAGUCAUUCUUUCCUCUAUAAUAGUGAAAUUAAAAGACGACAUUUUAUUUUCCGUCUAUAAAAUCAGCGACGUUUUUUCAUCAUUAUUUUUCUCUCUCCUCUCUUUUAAGUUGCGUGCUUUUUUGUGCCGGAAAAGUCGACAUUCCGGCGGAUUUUCUCCGGCGGGACACUUUUUUUUAAAUAUUUUGUUAAGAUGGUUUUACUGGUGAUGUAGUAAACAAAGAAGGAGCCUAAGCUCUUUUUUCUAGUGGUGGAUUUCUGCCUCUUGAAAUAUGGGUUGCUUUCAUUCUACUGCAAAUAAGCAAUGGCCUGGACAUGAAGACCCUGUGUUUCUUGCUUCUCAAACUGCUUUUAGUGUGAGUGAAGUUGAGGCGUUGUUCGAGCUGUUCAAGAGUAUAAGCAGUUCUGUGAUUGAUGAUGGGCUUAUAAGCAAGGAGGAAUUUCAAUUAGCUUUAUUCAAGAACAAAAAGAAAGAGAAUCUUUUCGCCAAUCGGAUCUUUGACUUAUUUGAUGUUAAACGGAAAGGAGUGGUUGACUUUGGUGACUUUGUUAGAGUGUUGAAUGUCUUCCAUCCUAAUGCCUCUCAAGAAGAGAAGAUAGACUUCACCUUUAGGCUAUAUGACUUGGAUGGUACAGGGUUUAUUGAGCGCGAUGAGGUGAGGCAAAUGUUGAUUGCGAUUCUAUAUGAAUCUGAGUUGAAGUUGGCAGAUGAAACAAUUGAGGUGAUACUUGAUAAGACAUUCCAAGAAGCUGAUGUAAAUCAAGAUGGAAAAAUUGAUAGAUCCGAGUGGCAUCAGUUUGUUUCUAAAAAUCCUUCAUUGUUAAAGAUAAUGACACUCCAAUAUCUCAGGGAUAUCACGACGACUUUCCCGAGUUUUGUUUUCCACUCUGAAGUUGAUGAAAUUGCCACUUAAGAAGCUAAAGACUGCUUGCAGUCCCGUUAUGUUUGAUCUUUGAGCGGAUUCUGCACAUAUAGUUAGAGAUCCCUUAUUUUUUUCCUCGCCUAAACUAUUAUUAUCCCAACCCAUUUAGAAGAGUUGAGGUGUGCCAAAGGUAACCUGUGCAUAUGGAUUUUGUGUUUUAAGCUGAGAUGUGUGGUAUCACGAUUCACGAUUGUGUGCUCUGGUUUUGCAUUUCUAGUUUGUUAGAAUUAGAGGUAGAACAUGAACGUCUACCUGAAAAGGAAGAAUGAACAUCUAUAUAUAUAUACUCCUGUCAUUGAAGAGUAAUAUUUUCCCCCUUCUCUA